AAAUUAAGAACCUUAGAUAGACUCUUAUGAUGUAUAUUGUCAUACAAUCGUUUGUAUUUUGUCGGGAUCGUCAUUCAAUUUAAAAUAAUGGAAGGAUACAAACUACGCUCCUGCAUAGUUGGGCAUGAAAAAGAUGUACGUGCCGUGACUCCAACAUUAUUUCCGAGUGAUGGUAUUCUUUCGGGAUCCCGAGAUGUUACAGCAAGAGUUUGGAUACCAAAUGAAAUGGAUCCCGGGUUUCACCCAGGUUUGCUGAUGAGGGGUCAUAGUAACUUUGUGUCAGCAGUGUGUGUUAUGCCCCCUGAUUCCACCUAUGAACAAGGGUUACUCAUCACAGGAAGUAAUGAUAAGACUAUAUUAGGAUAUACUCCAGACUCGCCAGAACCAGUCUUCAAACUUACAGGACACGAAGGAAAUGUAUGCACCCUGGCAGCAGGAAAAUUUGGAACCCUUCUAAGUGGAUCAUGGGACAAAACUGCAAGAGUUUGGUUAAACCAAAAAUGUGUCAUGACUCUGAAAGGACAUGAAGCAGCAGUUUGGGCUGUAGGAAUAAUGCCAGAACAGGGCUUCAUGUUAACAGGGUCUGCUGACAAAACAAUCAAGCUGUGGAGAGCUGGCAGGUGUGAGAUUACAUUCAAAGGACAUGAGGACUGUAUUAGAGGACUAGCCGUGUUGAACAACCAGGAGUUUAUUUCCUGCUCCAAUGAUGCGUCUCUCCGUCGAUGGUCCGUGUCAGGAGACUGUCUACAGGUUUAUUAUGGCCACGAGAACUUUAUCUACAGCGUGGCUGUGUUACCCAAUGGUCAGGACUUUAUCAGUGGGGGUGAGGACAGGACCAUGAGGGUAUGGAGGGACGGGAAGUGUGUACAGACCAUCGCCCAUCCUGCCCAGUCUGUCUGGGCCGUGUGUGUUCUUCCAUGCAAUGGAGAUAUUGUUUCAGCAGCAAGUGAUGGUGUAAUACGAGUGUUUACAACAAAACCGGAGAGAAUGGCCCCUGCAGAUGAGCAGAAAUCUUUUGAGGAGCAGGUAGCAGCCUCUGCAGUACCCAAACAGCUCGGGGACGUAAAGUUAGAGGAGCUGCCAGGACCAGAGGUCCUUCUUAAUCCUGGUAGCAAGGAUGGCCAGCAGAAGAUCAUCAGGCGAGGUCCAAAUGCUGAGCUCCACCAAUGGGAUUCAAGCAAACAGGAGUGGACCAAGGUCGGGGACAUUGUGGGCUCCAGUGGGGGCACUCAGCAGUCAUCCGGAAAAACUCUGUUUGAGGGGAAGGAGUAUGACUAUGUGUUUAGUGUGGAUAUUGAGGAUGGUAAACCCCCCUUGAAGCUCCCCUUCAAUGUUACAGAGGACCCCUGGUUUGCAGCACAGAGAUUCUUGGAUAAAAAUAGCUUAAGUCAGUUGUUUCUAGAUCAGGUGGCCAACUUCAUCAUCGACAAUACCAAAGGAGUAACCCUGGGGCAGGAGAGUUCCGGAUAUGUGGACCCCUUCACAGGUGCCAACAGACAUGUUCCAGGAUCAAGCACAAAUCAGGCGGCGGCCUCCGGAACUGACCCGUUCACCGGAGGGGGGCGUUACAUUCCUGGGGGUCAGCCCACUCAACCUCAGAGCUCUCUGGUCGAUCCAUUCACAGGGGCAUCCAGACACCAACCUAGCAAUGUCCAUGUUAACCUGGCCAGUAAUACAUAUUUCCCACAGAAGACCUACGUCACAUUUGAAACUGCCAACCCUGGUCAGAUUAUCAACAAGUUAAAGGAGUUUAAUGAGAAGGUUGGGGCUGAGAACCAGCUUAGUACGGCUGAACUAGAUUCCCUGCAGACACUGAUGGAGGGCAAGGACGUGACAGAUGUCCAUAUCUCCAAUAUCAGCAAGGUUCUGGACUGGCCCACUGAGUUUAUUUUCCCGGGCCUGGAUGUCCUACGCGUAGCCAUCAGGAACCAGAAGGUGUGCGACCACGUCUGUAGUCAGCCGGGUUUCCUAGAGCGACAGGUUCUGUUCCUGGCCCCAAGCUCUCCCGUCCCCACCCAGCUCCUCGCCCUCAGGAUCCUGGCCAACUGUUUCAAACACGCGAGUGGGCAGCGGCUGUUACUGGCCGAGCGGGAGACUGUGAUAACUGAGGCCCUGAACUGUCGACUGACCCCCAAUAAAAACGUACAGGUCGCCCUGGCCACCCUGCUACUGAACUACUCAGUGUGUUUACAGGACAUGGUCGACGAAGAGGCGGGCUACUCCCAGUGUCUGCUGGCCGUCGCUAGCGUGAUGGAAAACCCGCUGGACCCAGAGGCUGAAUUCCGAUUACUUGUUUGUUUAGGGACACUGAUUUGUAAUGACAAGAGCACCAGGGAGCUUGCUAAGUCCCUGGAGCUGCAGAAUCUUAUUAUUCCAAUGCAGACCCGAGUCGAACCCAAGAAAGUGAGCGAGUGUGCGGGAUUCGUGAUAAAUCGUUUACAAUAGUCAUUCUUUUUUUAAAUACUGUUUAGUGCUUCUUUUUUUUGAAAACAUGACACAGUUUGGUAAAUAUAUUUAAUUCAAUCAUUAAAGUCUGGUGGUUGAUA